AUGGAUCCUGAAAGGGCUCGUCCAUGUCUUACUCACACCCGUUCAGCACCAUCCACCAAAAAACAAAUCCUAUACGCUAAUGUUGAGACAUCGCUACAACAGCAGCCAUUCAACGAGACAACCGACAAGCCGGUGGAACAACGAGAAAAAGUCGUUGAUAAUGUGGAGUCGAAAAACAGAAAGAAAAGUGGAGCAGUAGAUGAAAAGGGUGAGGAGGAUGAUCUGAUGAUCACUGACGACGCCCUCUCACUUCCGACGACACUUCAGCAAUCGUUCGCCAUAUCGUCGCUAUCAUCUGGUUCCAAAACUGACAGUAAGGUAGAAAAUGUUUCAACUUCUCCCCACUGA